CUAGCGUUAGCGACUUUUGGUCGCUAAAAGUGUCUAAUUUAUUGACUCUGAAUAGAAGGAGUUUCAUUUGGGGGGAGGGAUUUAAUGAACCCCUGAGCAAAACUGCUUGCUUAAACUCUCAGGGAGUCUCUGAAGCUUCUGAGUAGGGAUAGCUCUGGUUAGUGACACGGGCCAGUUAUGUCUCGUGCCUGUCCUCUUGCCUCUGAGGAACCCCCCCCCCCCCAUCCAUUCUCAGUAUUAUCAGGAUUUUAGGACUGAUUAUUUCCCUAUGAAACAUUUGAUAACGAUUUUCAUCACAAUCUAAAAAUUUAAAAUAGUUAAGAUGACAAGUGCAGAGUAUGGGCAGCCAUUCUAAAUUGGCCAAAGGGUUUACUGCCUCAGUUCUUUAUCCUGAGGUCCCCACCCCUCACCCCAACAGUGUUCGCUAGCUUUCUUUUUGUUUUUGUUGUUGUUUUUUCUGCCUGAGGUCCAUACGUGCCCAUUCCUGACUUCGUAAUAUCGGGAUGAUGCUUACUUUCACGAGGGAGCAUGCCUUCAGAAGUGUUGCUGAAGAUCUUUUGCAACUUGGAUGCUGUGACCCUGCUGUGUACGGGAUGUGUGAAUAGGCGCUUUUAUCAUCUGGCCAAUGACAAUUUUCUUUGGAUCAGGAUCUAUUCAGCGGCCUUUUCACCUAAAAGAUCUAAUUGGAAAGUUAAUUCAGUGGAGAAGACCACUGGAUCUGUGAAUGUGCUGUCGGUUAAGGAUAAAGAAGCUGGGUACUGGAAGAAAGAGUAUAUUGCAAAGCAGAGAGCACGUGUGAGAGCGGCGCUCGCCCAGGUGCUCAAGCCUGUGAACCCUUACACGGGCCUGCCGGUGAAGACCAAGGAGGCUGUCAGAAUAUCUGGUUUAGGUUGGGUAAUUAUAUUGAGAGAAAAAAAUGGAAAAGAAUACAUCAUGGAGCACAUUGACCUUUCCAUAAAUGACUCAUCAGUGACGAUUAUGUGGUAUGGCAAAACUUGGCCCCGGCUGGCCACAUUGUCAACCCUAGAUUUGUGUGGUGUGACGCCAGUUUUUAUGGACCAGUCUAAAACUCCCUCCAAAAAUGGACCUCGGUGGCAUUCUUUAAUUGCAAAGUACAAUCUGAGUAACUUAACCGAAUCCACCAUGAUUGGCGGGGACAGACUCCUUCGGAUCUUCUGCCUCUGCCCAGGCCUGCUGGUGGGGCUGUGGAAGAGGGAGGAAGAACUGGCUUUUGUUACGGCAAAUCUUCAUUUCCAUCAGCUUGUGGAGAAGAGCACGUUAGGCUCCGCCACCGUCCCCUACGAGCUACCUCCUCAUACCCCCCUUUUGGAUGACAACCCAGAGUAUGGACUGCAUGGCUACCAACUCCAUAUUGAUAUGCACAGCGGUGGAAUUUUCUACCUGUGUGGUACAUUUCGCAAUCUCUUUACCAAGAAAGGGUACAUUGAAGAUGGAUAUGUGAAGAUUGUUGUUAUAAGUUUUAAAAACAACACAGAACACCUACCUCUUAUUGGAAAAGUUGGCCUCUCUUGGAGAACUGAUAUUUUUGAUGGCUGUAUAAAGAGUUGUUCUAUAAUGGACAUAACUCUUUUGGAUGAAUAUGGGAAACCGUUUUGGUGUUUCAGUUCUCCGGUUUGCAUGAGGGCUUUGGGGCCCUCUGACGGUCCCAGCUUCUUGGGACAGGCUUCCUGUGUUGACUAUGUGGACUCGGAAGGAAAAGUGCACGUGGAGCUGGUGUGGAUCAAGGAGACCGAAGAGUACUUCAUCGUCAGCCUGGUCCUGUACCUGAGGAUAGCGAAAAUAAACCGCUGGUUUGGGACGGCAUACUGAGUGCUGGCAGCGGGUGGCAGAUCAGGGUCGCUGUUUGUUUACCUUGGACUCAUCGUUCUGUUCUUGGCGUUGGGAGUUAAAAUAAAGUAGUAGCCUGUUUGAUGCCUUUUUCUUUCA